UAGUAAGUUUUUUUACGCAAGUACAGCAAUACUAACAUAACAGCCACCAUGGCGGUGAUUCUUUUUGUAGCAGCGUUAACAGUUUUGAGCAGCGGCUACGUUCAAGCCCAAGCCUACGGUUCCUACGGUACACCUUCUGCAACUCCUAUGCCAACUCCUGCUGCAACUCCUGCUGCAACUCCUGCUGCAACUCCUGCUGCAACUCCUGCUGCUACGCCCGCUGCAACGCCCGCUGCUACGCCCGCUGCAACGCCCGCUGCAACGCCCGCUGCAACGCCCGCUGCAACGCCAGCUGCAACGCCAGCUGCAACGCCAGCUGCAACGCCAGCUGCAACGCCAGCUGCAACUCCUGCAGCAACUCCUGCUGCUACUCCUGCAGCAACUCCUGCAGCUACUCCUGCAGCAACUCCUUCUUCGACUUCUUCAAGUGCAACGUGUAAUGCGGCACCGAAGGUCUAUAGCCUGACUGGUGAAGAUCUGUACAAGCAGUUGCUGGCGGAUUUGGCCCUCUCUGAAGUGGAAAUUAACGGCAUUGCCAAGCAGAAUGCCGGUGUGACCAUCGUCAAUGUGCCGGUCGCCGGCAGCUCUAACUUUUUCCUCCAGGUUCUGUUGGCUGUUAACCGCGACAACCUUAAGCUGCAGGCGCUGACCAAUGGAGGCAACGUUUCGGGUGCUGACUGCUUAACCUUAAUCCAGGGUCUGGGAGGGGAUAUUAAGAACGUGCAGGCCCACGCCGCCGAUAUCAUUCCGGGCUCGUGUGAUUCUCUCACUGGCGAAGCUAAAAAUCAGUAUGUGCUGCAAAAACUCGGAGCCGCUCUGCAAAGUCUGACCACAGCUGGCCAGGCCCACCAGAACGACGCGAAUCAGGGACAAUGGCUGUCAGUCGUUGUCAACCUGUACAAGUCCAUGCAGCGUGUGACAGCUGCGGCCAACAACAACGACCAGAGCUACGAAUGCACAGCGGCUGCCAAGCAGAUCGCUGACGCAUUGAAGGGCAUCCUGCAGGCCAAUGGAAGCUCGAUUAGUUAAAGAACAAACUAUGUAUUGUGAUGAUGUCGGUGCAUUUACAACGAGUUUUCUGGACUUAAUUCUCCUGUAUUCUGCAACUUUUAUCACGAUAAUGUUACUGACACUACAACAGUUAUUUAAAUGAAUGUGAUGAUGUUAUGUAACUCUUUCAAAAAAUGCAUGAAAUCAGUCGGAUUAUGAGUUUAAACCAGGAGCAUGUACCUUUUGGUAUUUCGGCUCCGAAAAGCCGAUCAUUAUCUGCAAAAAAUAAA